UUUUACAUAAUUUGUAAACUUAUAUCCAAGUCAGUGAUUAUGGCUUUCUACACUCGUAUAACUGAAAUCCCGGGCCUCGGAUGUUAUAUAUAUUAUAUUUCCUGUUUUCCAAAUGAAUGAUGAUUACAAUUUUGAAUUUUCCCGGUUAUUCAGACUGCGCACGCAUCAUUAAGGUAGUGUUUAUGAGCAAAGGUCAAGAUCGCGUACCUUUACAGGUACGACAAAUUAGUUUCAAUUUCCUGAACAUGUUCUUUCCUUCACCCAAGAGUGAAGCGACUUUAACUCAGGCUUACCUGUACUACAUUAAUAUCAGACAUUUGCCUUGAGAUUCACAUAUGGUUUUAAGACUCUACGAUUGCGGAGGAAAACAGUUGGAAAAUGCCUUCCACCAACACGAAUGAAGAGAAGUCAAAACGACGUUGGUUUUUUAGAGGAAAGACCAGCAAAGACGAUCUCCCUGAUGAUAAAAAGAAAGACAAAGACAAACGAAACAAACGUAAAAGUAUAGAAGAAUAUGAUUCCGAAAAUGAGGAACGUUCAGAAACCCAAGAAGAAACAAUAAACAAAAAGGGCAAAAGCAAAAAGAAAGGAAAGGACAAAGGUAAAUCAAAAAUGAAGGAGACAUCUGCCAAUGAGGACAGUGAUAUAGAUAGCGGUGUGAGUAGCAAGACCUCAAGUAAGAACAAAGAAAAAACUUCCGGGAAAGGAUCUAAGAGGAAAGAGAAGAAUAGAUCUAAGAAAGAUGAGUUAAGUAACGAAUUUGAAGAUGAAGAAACAGAAAGUACUCUUGAUGUAUCAAAAGACUUGAAAAAGGAUGACAUGGAGGUAUCAGAUGAAGAUGUUCUCGAUGGUGAAGACACACGAGGAAGUGAACUAGCAGAGAGUACAAAUGAAGAUAGAAGUAGACCCUCUACGUCUCAAUCAAAAGAGAGGUUAGAUAGUACCGAUCCACUUGGAGGCCCAUAUUCUGAUUCCUAUGCGUCUACUGGAUCGUUUGAUAAAACAGUAUCGUCUAUGGGAAGUUCAUCUGACGAAAUAACGAUUGUGACUGCUUAUUUUGACAUCGGGAGCGUCCGGUUUGACGGUAAGAAAAAACGGACCCCUUCAAUGUAUAAAGAAUGGAUGAAAGUGUUCUCACGAGUUGCCAAUCCUGUUGUAGCUUAUUUCGAUACCGAGCACGCAGCCCACAAAUUCCGACAAAGCAGGGAGAAUUUUCCUGCAGAAAUGACUAAAAUUGUUCAAGUUGACAGACAGAGAAUGUGGGCAUUUGCUCUCCGAGAUGAGAUCUCAAAAGUAUUUCGUAGCCCAAUGUACCCCAGUAUUGCCCCAAACACAGUGAAUCCAGAAUUCGCCUGUGUAACACACGCUAAGUAUGAACUCAUGGACGAUGCUAUACAUAGUAAUUAUUUCGAAACCAAGUACUAUGCUUGGAUGGAUUGUAAUAUUUUCAAGGAUGACAUUAAAUCAACUGGCGACCCAUUCACAUUAGCCCUACCCAUUCACUUUGAUACUCACAAAGUUGCAUAUAGUCAGAUCUCAAAGAAAAAUGACAUCUUCACUCACGUUGAUAUCAUAAAAAAUAACCAUAACUGGCUCUCUGGUAGUUUCUUCCUCGCUAGGCGAGAUGUCAUGAAACUUUGGACUCAGGAGUACAGGCGAUACAUCCACAAGUUUAUGGACAUGAGCAUCAUGACCACUGAUCAGCAUUGUAUAUAUGCCAUGUUUGCCCCGCGUUUAUACGAGCGUCCACGUAUCGGUAUUCAGACAUACAACGCCCCACCCAAAGGAAAAAUUAAGCCUCAUCUAUAUCUGGUUGACCUGUGUCGAAAGGCAGGAGAUGAGCUAGAAGGCCGGGCUGGGAAGGACAGCGUUGACUGCGUUGUCAUGUAGACACGUUGCCAUUCAGAUAAUACAAUUAUCAUUCCCUUGCUAUUAUCAUUCCAGUAAUUGCAUUGAUUCCAAUUUGUACCAUUCAUAGAUUGCUCAACCAAUGAGUGACGUCAAAUGUGCAAUUCUGACAUUCUGAGGGGUGCAUGCAUUUGCAUUUUUGAAUAAUGCUUGCAAGCCAUUGGUAAUUUGUGAGUGUUUUGGUAGCUGGGAGUAAAUUAUGAAAUGAACUGAUUACAUUUAGUAAUGUGAAGACAGCUCGAGAGGGAAUGCCCUCAUUGAAAUGUAACAAUGGACAAAUGUAUUUGGAACGUUUUCAAGUUAUUCAAUGUAGAUGGUUACAUUUUGUUACAUCGUUUUUAUGUAGUAAUUGGUGACAUUUUGUUACUUUGUA